CUUACUUGUUCCUUUUCCUUCUGCUCUCUCCAAUGGCUCCAACACCUGCGACUACCCACUUCUCAAAUCCCCAGUCCCAUAAUCGUGAUCAUAGAGAAGACAUUGAAGUAGAGGAAGAGCUUAGCCAGGAGCUUAAAGAUCUGAUUCUCUCUCUUCCCAGAGAGAAAGGCUGGAGAACUCGUUAUCUCUAUUUCUUCCAAGGAUUCUGGUGCCAGCCUGCUGAGAUUCAAGCCAUAACCUUCCUUCAGAAUCACUUCCAAGCCAAAGAUUCCGAUGUUGUUGUUGCUACAAUCCCUAAAUCUGGCACCACUUGGUUGAAAGGUCUGACUUUCGCCAUUGUUAAUCGCAAGAGCCUUUCGCCUUCUUCGAAGGACCACCCUCUGCUUCAUUCAAAUCCUCAUCACCUUGUUCCUUUCUUUGAGUAUACUGUCUAUGGAAGCCGUGACCUUGAAGCUCCUGAUCUCUCAAGCUUGCCUGAUCCAAGGCUCUUUGGGACCCAUCUACCGUUCGACGCAAUGCCUAGCUCGAUCAAAACCUCUGAUUGUAAGAUAAUCUACAUCUGCAGAAACCCUUUUGACACUUUUGUCUCUUCCUGGAUUUUUGUGAACAAAAUCAAGCCAGGGUCUGUCCCUUCAUUGACUCUAGAUGAGGCCUUUGAUUUGUACUGUAAAGGGAUUAUUGGGUUUGGUCCAUCUUGGGAUCACAUGCUGAAGUACUGGAAUGAAAGCAGGGAGAGACCUAACAAGGUUUUGUUCUUGAAGUAUGAGGAUCUGAAGGAAAACACAACUGAUCAGCUGAAGAGAAUUUCAGAGUUCUUGGGCUGCCCUUUUAGCUUGGAGGAGGAAGAAAGAGGUGAGAUUGAUAGCAUCAUCAAGUUGUGCAGCUUUGAGAAGAUGAAGGAAUUGCAGGUAAACAAAUCUGGAACUUUUGCUAGGAACUUUGAAAACAAGCAUCUGUUUAGGAAGGCUGAAAUUGGAGACUGGGUAAAUCACUUUUCACCUUCAAUGGUGGAGAGAUUAUCCAAAGUCAUUGAUGAAAAGUUUGCUGGGUCUGGUCUGUCAUUUAAAGUUUCAUCAUAAUUCUGAGUCAUAUAUAAAGUGCUUCAUCUUCUAUUAGCUCAUUGCAGAUGCAAUAAAUUUCUUCUGUGUUUGAGAGUGCUCUUCUUUAGAAAAUAAAUUUCUUAAUUUCAUUAUAGAAUGUGUGUGUAUAUACAUAUUUAUGUAACCAAAUGCAUGUUGUCAGUCUCAAAUAAUGAGCUAAUCGAAGUUAGUUAAUGGUGUUAA